GCAGCCGCCGCUCGCCGCCGCGGGGAUCAUGGUGUUCUACUUCACCAGCAGCAGCGUUAAUUCAUCUGCUUACACUAUUUACAUGGGAAAGGAUAAAUAUGAAAAUGAAGAUCUAAUAAAGCAUGGCUGGCCGGAGGAUAUCUGGUUUCAUGUGGACAAACUCUUCGCUCAUGUAUACCUACGAUUGCAUAAGGGAGAGAAGAUAGAGGACAUUCCCAAGGACGUGCUGAUGGACUGUGCCCACCUUGUGAAGGCCAAUAGCAUUCAAGGCUGCAAGAUGAACAACAUCACUGUGGUCUAUACGUCGUGGGCCAACCUGAAGAAAACAGCCAACAUGGAUGUGGGGCAGAUAGGCUUUCACAGGCAGAAGGACGUGAAAAUGGUGACCGUGGAGAAGAAAGUGAAUGAGAUCCUGAACCGGUUAGAAAAGACCAAGACAGAGCGGUUCCCGGACCUAGCUGCGGAGAAGGAGUGCAGGGACCAGGAAGAGCAGAACGAGAAGAAAGCCCAGAUUCAGGAAAUGAAAAGGAGAGAAAAGGAGGAGAUGAAGAAGAAGAGGGAGAUGGACGAGCUCAGGAGCUAUUCGUCAUUAAUGAAAGUUGAGAAUAUGUCUUCAAAUCAGGAUGGCAAUGAUUCAGACGAAUUCAUGUGAGUAGAGAAAAGGACCUUUGACAGAUGUGAAUUUAAGGACAGUUGCUGAUAUUUUGAUUACACCUGUGGUCUGAGUCAUAAACAACUGAAACUACCUUCCUUCAACACAAAUAUUAAUCAGUUUUGGAAUUUAAAAAAUUGUUCCCCUUUUUUGCUGACAGAAAAGGAUCAAAAUAUAUGUAUAUAUGUAAUAUUGUUGGACUUGAAGACAGCAUUUAACUUUAAGAAAGUGAAAAUAUUUUUGCCAGAACAUGUCUUGGUACCUCCUGGAAGUUGGCUGCCCUUGUUCUUGGAAAAGACUUUAGAACGAACCAGCUCUUUAGAGUAUUUCUAUUACUGUGGUUUGCCCCUGAAAAUAGAUGUCUUAAAA